AUGGACAAAUCUAGGAUGGUGCUACUUGAAGAUUCUAGAUCUACAGACUUAAGAAGAUUUUUUCUCCACUUGAGACCAUUUGCUAUUGCUAUGGUGUCACUUCUCAGUGCAUGUUUUAUCACCAGUUCUCUUGGAGGAACAGAGAAGGAGCUGAGGCUAGCAUCUGGUGAAAACAGGUGUACUGGAAGAGUAGAGAUAAAAGUCCAGGGAGAAUGGGGAACAGUGUGCAAUAAUGACUGGGGCAUGGAAGAGGUCUCUGUGAUUUGUAGGCAACUGGGAUGUCCAAUUGCUAUCAAAGCCACUGGAUGGACUAAUUCCAGUGCAGGUUCAGGACACAUCUGGAUGGACCAUGUUUCUUGUGGAGGGAAUGAAUCAGCUCUCUGGGACUGCAAACAUGAAGGGUGGGGAAAGCAUAACUGUACUCACCAACAGGAUGCUGGAGUUACCUGUUCAGAUGGAAGUGAUUUGAAGAUGAGGCUGGUGAAUGGAGGAAACCGUUGUUCAGGAAGAAUAGAGGUCAAAUUCCAAGAACAGUGGGGAACAGUGUGUGAUGAUAGUUUCAACAUAGAUCAUGCUUCUGUGGUUUGUAAACAACUUGAAUGUGGAAGUGCUGUCAGUUUCUCUGGUUCAGCUGGUUUUGGAGAAGGCUCUGGACCAAUCUGGUUUGAUGAUCUGGCGUGCAAUGGAAAUGAGUCAGCUCUCUGGAACUGCAAACACGAAGGAUGGGGAAAGCACAAUUGUGAUCAUGCUGAGGAUGUUGGAGUGAUCUGCUUAGAGGGAUCAGAUCUGAACUUGAGAGUAGUAGAUGGAGUCACUAAAUGUUCAGGAAGAUUGGAAGUGAAAUUCCAAGGAGAAUGGGGGACAGUGUGUGAUGAUGGCUGGGACAGUAGUGAUGCUGCUGUGACAUGUAAACAACUGGGAUGUCCAAAUACCUUCACUGGGAUUGGACGAGUUAACGCCAGCGAGGGAUCUGGACCCAUUUGGCUUGAUAGUGUUUCCUGCCAAGGGCAUGAAUCCGCUCUCUGGCAGUGUAAACACCGUGAAUGGGGAAAGCAUUAUUGCAACCAUAAUGAAGAUGCUGGAGUGACAUGUUCUGAUGGAUCAGAUCUGGAGCUGAGGCUUGUAGGUGGAGGUAGCCAAUGUGCUGGGACAGUGGAGGUGAAAAUUCAAACUUUGUUAGGGAAGGUGUGUGACAGAAACUGGGGACUGAAAGAAGCCAAUGUGGUUUGCAAGCAACUGGGAUGUGGAUCUGCGCUCAAAACAACCUACCAACCUUAUUCCAAAGUCAAGGCCACAAACAUAUGGCUGUUUGUAAGCAGUUGUGAAGGAAAUGAAACCUCUCUGUGGGACUGCAAGAACUGGCAGUGGGGUGGACUUCUCUGUGAUCAUUAUGAAGAUGCCAAAAUUACUUGCUCAGCCCACAGGGAACCAAGAUUGGUUGGAGGGGACAUUCCCUGCUCUGGUCGUGUUGAAGUGAAACAUGGAGACACAUGGGGCUCUGUCUGUGAUUCUGACUUCUCUCUCGAAGCUGCCAGUGUGCUGUGCAGGGAGUUACAAUGUGGGACAGUUGUCUCUAUCUUGGGGGGAGCUCACUUUGGAGAAGGAAGUGGACAGAUCUGGGCUGAAGAAUUCCAGUGUGAGGGCAACGAGUCUCAUCUUUCACUCUGCCCAGUAGCACCCCGCCCAGAGGGGACUUGUAGCCACAGCAGGGAUGUUGGUGUCAUUUGCUCAAGAUACACAGAUAUCCGCUUGGUCAAUGGCAAGACUCCAUGUGAGGGAAGAGUAGAGACCAAAAUGCUUGGGGCCUGGGGGUCCCUCUGCAACUCUCAUUGGGACAUGGAAGAUGCCCACGUCAUUUGCCAGCAGCUUAAAUGUGGAAUUGCCCUUUCUACCCCAGGAGGGGCACAUUUUGGUAAAGGAAGUGGUCAGGUCUGGAGACACAUGUAUCAUUGCACUGGGACUGAACAGCACAUGGGAGAUUGUCCAGUAACUGCUCUGGGGGCAUCGCUAUGUCCUGCAGGGCAAGUGGCCUCGGUAAUAUGCUCAGGAAACAAGACUCAAACAUUACCUCUGUGCAAUUCAUCUUCCUCGGAGCCAACAAGUUCUCCCAUUCCAGAACAAACUGGUGCUGCCUGCAUAGGGAGUAGCCAACUUCGCCUAGUCAAUGGAGGAGGUCGUUGUGCUGGGAGAGUGGAAGUCUAUCAUGAGGGCUCCUGGGGCACCCUCUGUGAUGACAGCUGGGACCUGAGUGAUGCUCAAGUGGUGUGCAGACAGCUGGGCUGUGGAGCGGCCAUUAAUGCCACUGGUUCUGCUUAUUUUGGGCAAGGAAAAGGACCCAUCUGGCUGGAUGAGCUGGGGUGCAAUGGAAAAGAAUCACAUAUUUGGCAGUGUCAUUCACAUGGCUGGGGACGGCACAAUUGUAGGCAUAAGGAAGAUGCAGGAGUUAUCUGCUCAGAAUUCAUGUCUCUGAGACUGACCAGUGAGACCAGGAGGGAGACCUGUGCAGGGCGUCUGGAAGUUUUUUACAAUGGAACCUGGGGCAGCAUUGGCAGGAGUGACAUGUCUUCAACCACAGUGGGAGUGGUAUGCAGGCAACUGGGCUGUGCAGACAGAGGGAGCAUCAGUCCUGCAUCUUCAGACAAGACACUGUCUAGGCCCAUGUGGUUGGACCAUGUUCAGUGCCCAAAAGGACCUGACACAUUAUGGCAGUGCCCAUCAUCUCCAUGGAAGUAUAGACUGGCCAGCCCCUCAGAGGAGACCUGGAUCACAUGUGCCAACAAGAUAAGACUUCAGGAAGGAAUCAAUAAUUGUUCCGGACGUGUGGAAGUCUGGCAUGAAGGUUCUUGGGGGACAGUGUGUGAUGACUCCUGGGACAUGGAAGAUGCAGAGGUGGUGUGUCAACAGCUGGGCUGUGGCUCAGCUUCAAAGGCACUUAAAGAAGCAAAGUUUGGUCAGGGAACUGGGCCCAUAUGGUUCAAUGAAGUGAAUUGCAAAGGAAAUGAGUCCUCUUUGUGGGAUUGCCCUGCCACAUCCUGGAGACACAAUGAUUGUGGACACAAGGAAGAUGCUGGUGUGGAGUGCUUGGGACCUGCAGUAACCAGAGAAUCACGAAAUUCUACAGGUCACUCAUCUGUCAUUGUAUUGGGGAUCCUGGGAGUCAUUCUCUUGGCCCUUCUCAUUGCAUUCCUCUUGUGGACUCAGAAGCGACGACAGAGAGAGAGAUUUACAGUGUCAUCAAGAGGAGAAAAUUCAGUCCACCAAAUUCAAUACCGGGAGAUGAAUUCUUGCCUGAAGGGAGAUGAUCUGGACCAACCGAAUUUCUUAGAAAAUCCUGAUGAGUAAGAUGGUUUUAAUUCUGCUGGACUAAUUUCUGUGUCUAAAUCUCUUCCUAUUUCUGAAAUGAAAAAGGAGACCAUUCUGAGGCACACUGAAAAGGAAAAUGGGAAUUGA